GGCCGCCGCUGGCUGCGAUCUGAUUGGCCGGCGGAGCCGUCAGUCACGGUGUCCUUGCCGCCUACUUCCGCCCUGUUUCUGAAGCAGAGUACUCCUCGAUUGUUUACGUUACUAGCGAAGUAAUUUGACCUUAACUCACAGGUUGUGUGUUUGGCUGUCUGUGAUGCUUGGAGAGAGGCUGGGCUGCAGGGACAGGCCGGUGGUGGAAACAUGACUUCUGAGUAACGCAUAGUUACUUUCUGUGCUCAGUAUGAACAGCGAAGAGGAGUUUUACGACGCUGAGACAGGGCUGGAGUCAGAUGAUUCCUGUGAAGUCAGUUUUAAAGAUGCCCUGGUGUUUGACAGUAAGAAGGUGACCGACGGCAGCAGCGCCACACACGAGAAUGGCGUGUGGGAGCGCAGGAAAACCCUGCCUGCUGAAAUGAUCUCCAGAAACAAUUUCAGUGUUUGGAGUAUACUGAAGAAAUGCAUCGGCAUGGAGCUUUCCAAAAUAGCGAUGCCGGUUGUGUUUAACGAGCCGCUGAGCUUCCUCCAGAGAAUCUCGGAGUACAUGGAACACACUCACCUCAUUCACAAGGCCUGCAGUUUGUCUGACUCGAUAGACCGCAUGCAGGUUGUUGCUGCGUUCGCUGUUUCGGCUGUAGCGUCUCAAUGGGAACGAACUGGAAAGCCAUUUAAUCCUCUGCUUGGGGAGACAUAUGAGCUCAUAAGAGAGGACAAUGGAUACAGAUUGAUCUCAGAGCAGGUGAGCCACCACCCCCCUGUCAGUGCCUUCCAUGCCGAGUCUCUGAAGCAGGAGUUCGAGUUUCACGGGUCCAUCUACCCGAAACUCAAGUUCUGGGGGAAAAGUGUGGAGGCGGAGCCCAAAGGCACCAUGACGCUGGAGCUACUGAAACAUAAAGAAGCGUACACUUGGACAAACCCGAUGUGUUGUGUGCACAACAUCAUCUUGGGAAAACUCUGGAUUGAGCAGUACGGAACCGUGGAGAUAGUCAACCACAGCACGGGAGACAAGUGCGUGUUAAACUUCAAACCGUGUGGCAUGUUUGGGAAAGAGCUGCACAGAGUAGAAGGUCAUAUCCAAGACAAAAGUAAGAAGAAACGGCGAGUGAUCUAUGGAAAGUGGACAGAGUGCAUGUACAGCGUGGACCCAAAGGUCUACGAAUCAUACAAGAAGUCGGACAAAAAGACGGCGGGAGAGACGAAAAAGCUGAAACAGGAGCAUAGUUGUGAAGGUGAGGAGGCAGACGACAUGCCAGAAGUUCAAGAGACUGUGACUGUGAUACCAGGAAGUGCCUUACUGUGGAGGAUAACGCCGCGGCCUCCUCACUCUGCAGAGAUGUAUAACUUCACCAGCUUUGCCAUGACACUAAACGAGCUGGAGCCCGGCAUGGACAGACUACUGGCACCAACAGACUGCCGGCUGAGGCCCGACAUCAGAGCCAUGGAAAAUGGAGACAUAGAUGCAGCAAGUGUAGAGAAAGAGCGGUUAGAGGAGAAACAAAGGGCUUCACGCAGGGAACGCUCCAAGGAUGAGGAGGAUUGGUCAAACAGCUUCGUCAUCAGGAACAGGGGACAGCAACAACAGGGAAUAGUAGAAAGCAGCUCAUCACCAGACUGCAUCCAGAUCAAUAAGUGGUUUCAGCAGGGAACAAACCCUCAUACAGGAAUGGAGGAUUGGCUGUACACAGGUGGAUACUUUGACAGGAAUUACACUGACUGUCCCAACAUUUAUUGACACAGGAGCUGCCCGGUGUGAAGACCUCCCCUCUGAUGGGAAUCACUUUAUCUCUCAGCAUCUAAGAUCUGUGUCUUUUUGACGCUCAGACAUUCACUGGUACUGUGUCUCUGUGCGAAUCAAUGACAAGCUGAUAUCAGAAUGUUAUCAGAUUAUGACUGUGAACCUUGUCCACAGGAGAAAUGUAAUAUUAAGGAAAAUUUUAGAGUUUACUUACUGUAAAUGUCGACAUGUUCAUCUUUAUAUGCCCUAAUCAUAAUUCAAUAAUAGUCCACAUGUUACUCACCUGUCGAGGGUUUUAAACCAGUCACCUGCGUGCGUGCAUGUGUGUGUGAGUGACCAUGCUGCUGCAGGACGCAAAGCUCCAACUCGUGGAGGAUAUAUUUCAUUCAGUUUUAGUUCAGGUUGUCAACCAUAAUCUUACCUGUAGAUGUCCCACACACUUCUGUCCAGUCGCAUUCAAAUAUCAGGGGUUAUUUAAACACAUCCGUUACUUUUAUAUAUAACCUGUUUGAAUAUUAGAUGUCUAUUUUUGGUUAGAUGUAAACAUCCGUAUAAAGUCACAAUUGUGAUCAUUUUGUGUGAAUAGAGACUUAACAUUAGGGAUGAAAGCUGCUCAUAAUCGUGUUUACUGGCACAGUAAACAGAUAUUGUUGGUACAUGAUAUUGUUGUCCACUGUAAACCUGUAGAUGAUGUGUAUAAUAAUUGGUGCAUGCAUGGUCACCAAGAUGGUUAUUUACACAAGUUAAAGCCAUAAAAACCUUUUCUGCACUGAGUAUAAUGGUGUAAAUGCAUUCACAUAAAGCAUUAAAGCAAAGGGAGUCUUGACACUAUAUUAACCGUGUUGAUGGGAUGUUCUGAGCCUUAGUCAAAACAAUAAUAUUUGUAUGUUGAUAGUAUUUGUAUUACUUCGAUUCGGGGCGUAAUCUUGCUAUAAUUUUUUAGUACAGAUGUCAUUAUUUGGUGGCUGUAAACAGGAAGUAAAAUGUUGACAUGUUGUGAGUUGGCAUGUUAGCUGUUGGCUACAGCAAGUUUAUAGGUCUUCAGUACUACUGCAUGUGUAGUAUAAGUAGUAUAAAGUCAUUUGUGGCUCCAGAGGAAGCUUUAUGUAAUCUGAUAAUCUGCCUACAGUGAUGUCACCGAGUGGCUAAAUUGCAUUGUGGGUAAUGUAGGCACACCAGGUUUUGAAAAGGAAGAAUACGUGGAAUAAAAUGGAGAUGUGUUUACAUGUAGUUUCCUCUGGAACCACAAAAGACUUCAUACUACUUUUUUCACGUACACAGUCGCGAGAUCUAUGAACACACUUUAAUGUUUAAAAUUGCUGGAGUUACCCUUUAAAAGUCUUCCGAAUGAUCUAUCAGCAGAUCCUGUUUGCAGUGUGACCGUUAAUGCACGGACAACUAUCACUGGACUAUUUUGAUACAGAGAAACAUUUUAAAAGAUGAAGUUUUUCAGACAGGCUCUGGACAUGUAAUAAUAUCCCCAGUGAAACUCCAACUCAGUCUAAAAAUAUGAGUUUUGACUGAGUUAUGACUCAGAAGGAGUUGUGGAGAAGUAACACUGAAUGUUCUCAGAGCUUUCAGUUUGAUUCCCUUAGUCAUUUUUUCCAACAAUAAAAAACAGUUUUUGGACGCAGCAGCAGCAAAUAAGUCAGGACACUGUGGCCAUCAUAAACCUAUGCAAACUGAUCCACCCAGUCUGCCCUCCUGAAAUGUGAAAAAAUAGAAUAAAUCUCCUCUUUAGCUAGUAGCCACUGUGUGCUUCAGACACUACAGAGGCAGCAGUUAAUGAAUGUUGUGUGCUCAAUAUAUAACGCUAACAUACAUACAGCAGUGCAGUUCUUGCAGCAAAGAGAUGUUUUUUGUUUGCGGGCACUAACCUUGCAUAAACUGGACAUUUGAACGCUCACAGUCCAUUGCACAUAAUGUAUAGUGAAAUAUCGUACAUCAUGUCUUCCCCCGACUGCUCUCGACUUUACUCUGAAUUCAAAGCACUUUGUAAGGCCCGCACAUGCUCAGAGGUGCGACUCGGUCUGAUGGUUCCUUUGAUUUCAUCCUCUGUACCCUGUCGUUUUGUCUAGCCUCUGUUUGAAAAUGUUUACAUUUUAUGUUCAUUCAUCUCGUGUUUUCCCUCCUCAUACUGUUCUCCACACACAACCAUAUGCAUACAUGGCAUAUUUGAGAAAUAAAUUAUGGACUAUUGAAACUACC